UUAUUGUUAAUGGUAUAGACUACCAUUGCCUGUCGGUAUCUGAGUCCGGGAGAUGUAAGGAAUGUUAUUCUGGAUGGUAUGGUGAUAACUGUCACAAGAUGUGUCAACACUGUGACACGGGUGGAUGUAGCAAAACAGGAGUUUGUCUUCAGUGUGAAGCUGGAUAUUACUCUACAAACUGUUCACGGACAUGUCCACCUCAGUGCAGAGAGAGCUAUUAUGACCGUGUCUUCUGUGACCGUACAACAGGGAAUUGUCUGGAAGGCUGUAAACCCACAUGGUGGGGAGAUAAAUGUGAACACAAGUGUGGAAAACAGUGUACUGAUUCACAGUGUUUCUUUUAUGAUGGUUCAUGUGCUUUUGGUUGCAAGGACGGGUUUACCGGGACUCGUUGUCACAAAACCUGUUCAGUGGGAUGUUUCCAUGGCACCUGCAGUGAGCUGGCGGCUUUGUGCCUUCAUGGAUGUAAAACUGGCUUCUAUGGGCUCUACUGUGAUAGAAACUGUACUGAUAAAUGCCUCGAUAGAGAUUGCAGUACAUCGAUUGACGGAGAUACUCCUAGCUGUACCCACGGCUGUGUACAUGGCUGGAAGCCUCCUCUCUGUAAUAGCCCUUGCCCUCCCAACUGUUUAUCCUGCACUGAAGCUGUGGUGUGUACAUCCUGCAGGGCAGGAUUCACAGGAACUAGCUGUGAGAAGAAGAAAUGCAACUGUCUGAGUUCCGGUUGUAGCGAUGACAAAACUUGCAAUGGAUGUCUUGAUGGGUGGAAGGGACAGACAUGUGAGUUGACCUGCUCUCAAAACUGUCUCAAAUGUCAACAGAAUAGUGGGAACUGCAUAACAUGUCGCCAAGGUUUGACAUAUGAUGGAAGAAGUCAAUGUACCUCCGUGCUCAAAGCCACAACCACCAAAGCCACAACUGAAGGGCAAGAAUCAAAUCUUCCCGUUGUGAUUAUAUCCAUCAUAGUUCCUCUCCUUGUAAUUGUUGCAACUGUAUUUUUUAUCUGGUAA